AUGGGAACAGUUUCUAUGCUUGUCCCCAUACCAAAAGUCACAAAAUUGGAACUGAUAUUUAAAGAUAUAAUUUAUAUGGCCGGUGACACAGUCAAUGGGAGAGUAAUCUUGGAGUUGAAUGAUCCUUUGUACCUUUAUUCGGUGAAACUGAAGAUAUCAGGCAAAGGAUUUGUGGAGUGGAUUGGGGAAUCCGAUGCGAGUCUAGAAUACAACAGGAAAAUCCACUGCAGUAAUAAAGAAGAUUAUAUUCAUCACACCGUCACAUUGUGGGGAGCAGAUUAUGAUGCUGAGGGAUUGGAACAGGUCCUUCGAGAAGGCACACAUGACUUCCAAUUCAGCUAUAAACUAGACAAUUCUCUUCCAUCCACCUUUACUGGCAAACAUGGCAAGAUCCGUUACUAUGUCCGAGCACUAUGCACAGCCACCAUAGGAACCAUUGCGCAGGUGGAAAAAGAUUUGAAAGUACAGGAAGCAUACAACCUUAACAUUGACCCCAGUAAUAAGCUUCCUAUGUUAUUUUCAGUUGAGAAAGUCAUCUCAUACUGGUGCUGGAAGUCACCAGGGAUUAACAUAAAUGUCUCGGUGGGCAAGAGAGGAUUCGUCCCAGGUGAUGACAUCAUUAUCACAACUGAAAUAAGCAACCAAACAGGAAGACACCUCCGGCUAAUAACGUACGCCAUUGCUGCUGAGAUCAAGUACAAAGCAUUUGUUCAGGAGGCCUUUUGUGACCACUAUCGGGAGUUAAUUGAGAAAAGCGAUCUGAGGAAGAUGGAAGCAGUAAUUGAGGCACCGCCUAAACAGAACACGAAAAUUAUUGGAUCCUUACAGCUCCCUAAACCAAUGUUUAUCAGCGACAUGUCAAAAUGUAAGAUUAUAUCAGUGUCAUACCAACUGGUAGUAGCAAUCCCAAUUCCAACGCAUCGAAUCACGGUUAGCACUACAGCUCCCAUUAAGAUUGGAACAACUCGUGUCAACUUCACUCUGUAGAGUUGGACAUUGCAUGGUUUGAAUAUUAGUUAUUGAAUAUUAUUUCAUUGAAUAUUAGGGUUUGUAUUUACUUUAUAUG